UCAAAGUGUUUUUUUGUUAACCAAUCAGUACCUAGCCUCAGCACGGUUGCCUAGCAUUGGAAGCAAGCGGGAAGUAUGGCGGCAGCAUCGGUUGCGGAGGUUUCCGCAACGAAGCCUGAGGCGGUAAAGCCAUCCACGGGCGCUAGUCAAGGUUCUUUAAUUAAUUGGUCAGGCCAGGGUUUACAAAAACUAGGACCAACUUUAUCCUGUAAUGCAGACAUACAUACUUUGAUUUUGGAUAAAAAUCAGUUAAUUAAAUUGGAACGCCUGGAGAACUAUAAGAACUUGAUGCAGUUGUCAGUAGCCAACAAUCGGCUAGUGCGGAUGAUGGGUGUAGCAAAACUUACUCAUCUUCGAGUGUUAAACUUGCCUCACAACAGUAUUGGUUAUGUAGAGGGAUUGAAAGAGCUAAUGUACCUGGAGUGGCUGAAUCUGGCAGGAAACAACUUAAAGACUAUAGACCAGAUCAGUUGCUGUAUAUCUCUUCAACAUCUUGAUAUGUCAGAUAACAAUAUAUCUCAAAUAGGAGAUAUCUCCAAACUUUCAUCUCUAAAGACUCUACUACUGCAUGGAAAUAUCAUAACUUCAUUGCGUUCAGCACCUUCUUGUUUACCUCAAGGCCUGACUAUUUUUUCAUUGGCAGAAAAUGAAAUUAGAGAUUUGAAUGAGAUUUCUUUCUUGACCUGUUUUCCUAAACUAGAGCAACUCUCAAUUAUGAACAAUCCUUGUGUGAUGGCAACCCCUAACAUUCCGGGUUUUGAUUACCGACCAUUUAUUGUCAGUUGGUGUCUUAGUCUUAAAGUAAUUGAUGGGUAUGUGGUUUCUCAGAAAGAAAGCUUGAAAGCAGAAUGGCUUUAUAGUCAAGGAAAGGGAAGAUCAUUCCGACCAGGCCAGCACCUUCAGUUAGUACAAUAUUUGGCCAGUGUUUGUCCUCUUACUACUAUGUUUGGACUCCAAACAGCAGAGGAUGCCAAACUGGAAAAAAUACUACAUAAGCAAAGGUUGCAUCAAAGACAAUUGCUGUAUCAGAGCCAUGCUAAUGAGUCACCUGUAUCCUCAACUCUGAAUAAAGAGCUACCCAUUACUAAUGAGCCGUACAGUCCUGCCCAUGUACAACAAGAAAUGGCUGAAAGUGAACGUAUUAUUAAAAAGAAUACCUGGGUUGUGACAAAAUCCAAUGAUGACCAUUCUUAUGCAAUUAAAAAUAUUUCUCCAACUUCGGUACAAGCUGAAAGAAAUAUUUCUAAGGAUUUUUACUUGGAUGAUAUACAAACUGACGAGGACAAGUUGAACAGUAGUCUCCUAUCUUCAGAAUCCACUUUUAUGCCUGUUGCUUCAGUGCUCUCUCCAAUGUCUCCCACUUCAGCAGAACUGAAACUUCAUGGAAUUGGCAUCGAUGUAGAGGAUGUUGAAGAUCUGGGGGAUACUGAUUUGGAAUUUACAAAAUAUCUUAAUAUGCAAAACAAACAAAAGCAGAAAAAUGCUUCUGUGGUUUUGGAAAAGUAUACCCACAAGUCAGCAGACCUGGUAAAAACUCAAAAUGAAGAUCAAGAGGAGGAUAUUUUCCCCAUUGUUUCUUCUUUAGUGAACACUGAUAUUCAACUUGAUGAUGUUAGCAGUUAUCAAGUGUCCCCUGAAGACAAUGUAAAGUUCAGUAACUUAAAGCAGUCAUCCUCACCAGAAGAGAAUGUUAUCAAAUAUGUUUCUGUUGCUAAUUCUCUAGAACUGUCCACCGAUGCAUCAGUUACUGUAACCCAGAAGAAAGAUGAACUUGUAGAAAUGAAUAAAGCUGCCACCAAACUUCAGGCCUGUUGGAGAGGAUUUUAUACAAGAACAUUCCAAUCCAGAGUCAGGGAAGCACGCUAUGAAAUUCGACUAAACAGAAUGCAAGAACAUAUCGUUCAUUUAACUGAAGAAGUUGAAAAGUUAAAAAAAGAAAAAAAUGAAGAGAUGCUUCAAAGACUUGUGCAAGAGGAAGCUGUCAAAUUUCUUUGGGAUCAGGUUAAAUCUAUCCAGGAAUGGCAGCUUUCAGUAAACCAACACCUAACUAAUAUCUGGGAAAAAGCUACUCCUGCACUUGGCAUUCUGGGUCCACAUGAAUUAUUCAUACAGUCAUCUAGACCAAAUCAAGAACCUUCUAUUGAUAGUUCAACUUGGUUAGGUUCAUCUUCUGAAAUGUGUCAUCAGAAAUGUUUACAGGCAUAUCCUGAUUCAGGUUUCCAUUCCUGUGUAUCAGACCAAAAUACCCUUAAUGAGUUGCAGAACUCUGAAAAACAUUUGACAGAAACAAAUGAAGGCUUUCUAGGAAAUUCUCUGCAAACAGUCAAGCCCUGUGAAGAUUCUCUUUCAGGAAGUCUUUCUGAUGCUGAGAUCCCAGUUGACCACAAGGACUAUUGUAAAGAGAGUUUGAACAACGACCAGAACAAUACUCUUCUCCAAGAAUAUUUAAAAACAGUUGAAGAACUAGAUGAUUCUGAUGAAAAGAUAAAUUGCAGCAAUAGAACAGAAAGUUGUAAGACCCAUACAGCUGUUUCAUCAGAAGAAAAGGAUAUUUUAUGCAGUGCUGUUUUAGUCUCUCAGGAUGUGCUUCCAUUAGCAGAAGAAGGAAUUGAUGCAUUCGAUCUAAAUGAUAAAAUGGCAGAAAAAAUGACAAACUGUGAUUCUUCAUUGCAGACACUUUCUGUUAGGCUAUCUGUAUAGCAAGUAUAAAUCUACAGAAAAAAAUGUAAAAGCCACGUUAACAUUUUAUGUUGGACCCAUUUCUAUGCAUUUUGGAGACCCUGGGUCCCUUUGCUUUUAAAAAUGGCUUGUUAACAGCUUUGUUAAUCAUCUAACGUUAAACUUACACUCUAUUAAUUUAUAUCAAGAUAGGUUCAAAUAGACAUCGUAAGUUACAUUUCAUGUGGUUUGAUUGUAACAGAUUUUUUAUGAAAUAUAAUUUUGAAGACUCUUAAGUACUUUCUAUAUUGCUGUUAUCAUAGCUGAACUAUUCGUUUUUUCCAAGGAAACAAAACAUGCAUCCUUGUAAUAUUCAAAGAAAG